AUGUCUGGGCCGGGCACGCCGCGCUCGAGGACCCCCUCGCGGGUGGGAACGCCAAUACCCGGCCUCUCGCGCCUGACCCCACCGUCUGUCCGACCAGCACCGCUCAUUUCUUCGAGGGUCUAUAGCCAUGGCAGCACUUCGACUGUGCCUACCCCAGUCUUGGAUCUAGCUCCUAUAGAUAUACUGGCACAUGACCCGCACGAGGGUGCUUCGAGCUCAGCAUCAUCCUUUCUGAACCUCGAGGCACCCACUCCCGAAAUGCUUGUAACAACUCCAGAGGCCGAGGUAGUAACGAUCGCUAGUGAUCAAAGCAGUGUGAGCGGACGAACUGCGACUCGUCCCACAGAGGAGAACUCAAAACAGCGACUACGGGACCAAUUGAGACGUACAUUGAGCAGGAAGGAGUCCUUCGGCGCGGACACGUAUCCUCCUAGACAUCGCCGAGAUCAGGACGAGUCUGACGGGCUGACGUCCACGAUAGGAAUCAUGCAAGCCCUUAUAUCCGUCUUUCUCGAUGACGGGGACAAGAUCCGUUGCAUCAACGCUGGGAAGACGCGCAUAACCUUCCUCCUGCGGUCUCCACUCUAUUAUGUAUGUGUGUCCUCAUGGGGCGAGCCUGAAAGCAAGACGCGCUUCCAUCUUGAAUACCUGCACCUGCAGAUCCUCAGUGUCGUGUCUGCUGAGCAACUUCGCCGUAUGUUCGAGCGUCGGACGAACUUCGAUUUGCGCCGUCUCCUGAGCGGUGCUGAGCCAUUCCUCUACUCGUUGUUGUCGCGAUUAGAAUGGGACCUAGCCAUGGCGACGUCCUCUUUGCAAUGCCUCAAGGUCGAACCUAUGCUUCGCAAGAGUGUCGCUGACGUACUCGUACCAACGUCUAAGAUUAAGGACAUCUUGUACAUGCUCUUGAUCGCCCAGGAACGUAUCAUCACGCUAGUCAGGCCCAAGAAACACUCUAUUCAUCCGUCAGACUUGCACGUCCUCGUGAACACUGUCUACGCUCCAUCUAUCAUCAACUCCUCUGCAUCUGCUUCAUGGCUACCGAUCUGCUUGCCCAAGUUCAACUCGUCUGCGUUCGUGAACGCCUACGUCAUGUUUCUGAGGAGGGACGCGGACAAGACACCGAACUCGGAGACUGCCAGCAAGAGCGACAGAGCGAGCGUCCUCGAGAAGGCUGCGCCUGAGAUUGGUUUAGUCUGCGUCAGUGGUAGUGCCGAUUUCGAGGCCGUCAGAAACUGGUGCGACACUGUCUCUCGGCGUCUGACACAAGACGGGCUGUUGCAAGCGCUUUCAGACGCCAUCGACCGCGGCGACACAGAGUACUCGGUGGCAGACCUCGGCAUACCAGGUCUUCGUCACUUUGUUUACAAGUCUAGGUCGCAUGUACAGGUGACAUUGCCGCUAUAUGAGGAUCCGUACGAUGAUUUGAACGAGAAGCGGAGACUCAUUACACUCUACGAGGCGUUGUACGAUCACAUUCACGCGAAAUCGGGUCAAGGCAGCACCCUGAAGCUGCAGUAUAUACGCACAGAGAAAGAGAGCGUUAUGGGCUGGAUCACGCAGCCGUUCGAGCUCUACCUCGCGCUUUCUCCGCUCUUACCGAAGAGCGCGAUAGUGAAUGCGGCAAACUCGGUAGCACGAUGGGUACAGAAGGAAGAGAGACGGUUAUUCCUUAGAGAUGCGCCUUUCGAUCUUACAGGCUCCAUUGCAUCACCACAGGACUUCCUGAAAGCAAUCGGAAGGUCUGCAGACACGAAGGUCACGGCAGAGUCCUGGGAAGACCUCUGGAAAUUUGAUCGUAUACGGCUCAAGGAGGCGGGGUUAGAAACCAAGGACCGAAGAUAUGUCCUCUGGUGUAUGGGCAAAUACCGCCUAGGAGAGGACCCUUCUGACUUCUCGCACCCACCAAAACCCAGGAAGAAGAUUCGAGGACAUGGCCCAGCAGUGCAGAAUGGAAAGCGGAUUAGGUCGAAGCGGCGCCAGAGUGGACGUUAA